AAAUCUUGUCUUCCUUCACAUUUCACUCUCCCAUCCUCCUCUCCACCCCCUUCACCUCUCAUCCUAUCCUCCCUCAUUCAUCCUUCACUCCCUUCGAUUGAGUCGACCGGAGUGUUCUCUACUUCUCUAAUUUUUUUGUACUAUUUAUUUUAAUCAGCUCACUAUGUUGCCCUCUCGUUUUUGCCGUGCGAUCCCUCGCGCCGCUACCCUGGCGCGGUCGCCUGCCUUCAGAGCUCCCAGCACUCCUUUCCGGAGAUGGAACUCGACGGAAGGUGGUGAGGAGAAGGUGAAGGGUCAGGUUAUCGGUAUUGAUCUGGGUACCACCAACUCGGCUGUUGCUAUCAUGGAGGGCAAGACCCCCAGGAUCAUUGAGAACACCGAAGGUGCCCGGACAACGCCCUCCGUUGUUGGUUUCGCCCAGGAUGGCGAGCGUCUGGUCGGUAUCGCCGCCAAGCGUCAGGCCGUUGUCAACCCUGAGAACACUCUGUUCGCCACCAAGCGUCUCAUCGGUCGCAAGUUCACCGACGUCGAGGUCCAGCGUGACAUCAAGGAGGUCCCCUACAAGAUCGUCCAGCACACCAACGGUGAUGCCUGGGUUGAGGCCCGUGGCCAGAAGUACUCGCCGUCGCAGAUCGGUGGUUUCGUCCUCGGCAAGAUGAAGGAGACUGCUGAGAACUACCUCAGCAAGCCCGUCAAGAACGCCGUCGUCACCGUCCCUGCCUACUUCAACGACUCUCAGCGUCAGGCCACCAAGGACGCUGGUCAGAUCGCCGGUCUGAACGUCCUGCGUGUUGUCAACGAGCCCACUGCUGCCGCUCUGGCCUACGGUCUGGAGAAGGAGGCUGACCGUAUCGUCGCCGUCUACGAUCUUGGCGGUGGUACCUUCGAUAUCUCCAUCCUGGAGAUCCAGAAGGGUGUGUUCGAGGUCAAGUCCACCAACGGUGACACCCACCUGGGUGGUGAGGACUUCGACAUCAACCUGGUCCGUCACAUCGUCGGCGAGUUCAAGAAGGAGUCCGGUCUCGACCUUUCCGGUGACCGCAUGGCCAUCCAGCGUAUCCGUGAGGCCGCCGAGAAGGCCAAGAUCGAGCUGUCCUCGUCUCUCCAGACCGAGAUCAACCUGCCCUUCAUCACCGCUGAUGCCAGCGGUGCCAAGCACAUCAACCUCAAGAUGACUCGCUCCAACCUCGAGUCUCUGGUUGACCCCCUGAUCAGCCGCACCGUUGAGCCCGUCCGCAAGGCCCUCAAGGAUGCCAACAUGCAGGCCAGCGAGAUCCAGGAUGUCAUCCUGGUCGGUGGUAUGACCCGUAUGCCCAAGGUCACCGACUCCGUCAAGUCCAUCUUCGGCCGUGAGCCCGCCAAGUCCGUCAACCCCGACGAGGCUGUGGCCAUUGGUGCUUCCAUCCAGGGUGCCGUCCUGGCCGGUGAGGUCACCGACGUUCUGCUGCUCGAUGUCACCCCUCUGUCCCUGGGUAUCGAGACCCUCGGCGGUGUCUUCACCCGUCUGAUCAACCGUAACACCACCAUCCCCACCAAGAAGUCCCAGACCUUCUCGACCGCCGCCGAUUUCCAGACUGCCGUCGAGAUCAAGGUGUUCCAGGGUGAGCGUGAGCUCGUCCGUGACAACAAGCUGCUCGGCAACUUCCAGCUGGUCGGCAUCCCCCCGGCUCACCGUGGCGUUCCCCAGGUCGAGGUCACCUUCGACAUCGACGCUGACUCCAUCGUCCACGUCCACGCCAAGGACAAGUCCACCAACAAGGACCAGUCGAUCACCAUCGCCUCCGGCUCCGGUCUGUCCGACAACGAGAUCCAGUCCAUGGUUGAGGACGCCGAGAAGUACGGCGAGCAGGACAAGGAGCGCAAGGCCGCCAUCGAGGCCGCCAACCGCGCCGACAGCGUCCUGAACGACACCGAGAAGGCCCUCAAGGACUUCGAGGACCGUCUGGACAAGGCCGAGGCCGAGCAGAUCCGCGAGAAGAUCGGUACUCUCCGCGAGUUCGUCGCCCAGAACCAGACCGGCGAGGGCACCGCCACCGCCGAGGAGCUCAAGGCCAAGACCGACGAGCUCCAGACUGCCAGCCUGACCCUCUUCGACAAGAUGCACAAGGCCCAGAACGAGCAGCAGCAGCAGCAGCCCCCCCAGGGUGAGGGCCAGGGCGAGAACAAGGCCUAAGUGUACCACCAUUGAACGACCAUCUUGUUUCUGAACGAGAUGGGAGUUGUGUAUUUCUGCAUUUUCCUAGAGUCUCUUUCCUUCCUCUUGUUUUUAACAGGCAUAUGAUAUGUAUACAUACCGAUAGUUUCUGAUUGUCUGGUGUACGGGUGUUUUGAUUAUCUAUUCUCAUUUCUUUUUGUAUGGAUUCAUCUUUCCUCUUUUUUUUUUCUUUUUUUUUUCUUCUCUCAUAUCCCCCGAUUUUCCGCUGUCCACUCCGCCGUGGUGGUGGAAUGAGACCUGGAAGUUCAUUGUAACUUAAUGAUAUAACGGCUGGGGGCUACAAAAACCACAAAAGGAU